AUGCCAAUUAGGACAGCUGCCCAAGUGCAGCAGCAGCUCCAGCAAGUCAAGCCUGCUGCUGCAGCAGCGCUACUAGCAGCCUGGCGGCGGCGACGCCAGCAGCAGCAGCAGCAGCAGCUGCUUUUGCUGCUGCAGCACGCGGCAGCCCGCGGCCUGCAUGCGCAGCAGCAGCAGCAGCAACUGCUGCCUCCCAGCAGCAGCAAUUUGCGAAUUUUGCGGAAUUUCGAAAUUUGUUUCCCCUCAGCAGCAGCAGCAGCAGCAGCAGCAGCAGCAGCAGCUCUCCCCGCCGGCCUCCUCGCUCCCUCGCUCCGCCGCCGAGCAGCCACCGCAGCAGCAGCAGCAGCAGCAGCAGCAGCAGCAGCAGCAGCAGCAGCAGCAAAGAUGCAGCAGCAGCAGCAGCAGCAGGGUGGGCAGCAGCUGCUGCAGGUGCAGCAGCGGCGGGAGGAGAAGACAGCAGCAGCAGCAGCAGCGGCGGCGGAGGAGCCGCUACAGAAGCAGACACAACUGCUGCUGCUGCUGCUGCUGCUGCUAGGCAAGCAGCAGCAGCAGCAGCAGCUAAAAGAUGGCCCGAGGAGGAGCCUAGGCGCAGCAGCAGCUGCUGCUGCAUCGACGCCGACCAGUGCAGCAACAGCAGCAGCAACAGCAGCAGCAACAGUGUGCCUGAUUGCAGCAGCACCAGCAGCAGUAGCAGUAUGCCGGAUUGCUGCAGCGCCAGCUGCAGCAGCCCUACGCCCGGUUGCUGCAGCAGCAGCAGCAGCAGCAGCAGCAGCACUUUGCCUGGCUGCUGCUGCAGCAACAGCAUUCGUUCAAGAAAUUGAACCUGCCCAACAGCCAGCGGCAGAGCAGCAGCAGCAGCUGCUGCUGCUGCUGCCGCAUUAG